CUGCCGGGUUUAAAAGACCCCGCUCAUUACCCUGUUAAUAAACAGGGUGUGAGGCUGGCAGGUGAGGUUCCCUCCUUCUCUGGGCUCUUGGCACAGCUUGCGAGAUGAAGGAGGUGGAGGGUCACAUGUCCCAGAAUCAAUGAACCAACAUCACUGUUUAGUUGAAACGGGAAUGUGGCUUAUGAUGUCAGCCAGUUUUGUCUUUAUUAAGAGCUCAGGCAGAAGGAAUCCAGUUCCCCUCAAACUCAGCCAAAGGACACAGCUCCUUUCUGGAGUCCUGCUCUGCUACAUCAUAUGAGCACCAGGAUUACUACACAAGCUUCACACAGGACUUCGGAAACACACAAGGAGGCUGAGAGGAGCAGCAGAGCAAAGGUCCUUUAUUUAUUCUUGAAAGAAGAAGAAGAAGAACGUUGGAAUUGGUGCUGCUGAGAAGGACAAUACCGGUCUUGGUCCCGCUCAGAAUGUUACGGACGCUUCUUCCCCGCUACAGUUUGGCCGUCUUCAUCUUAAGCUGUACUCUGCCGGCUGACGGGAGACCGACGCAAGAAAUCAACGGCAGAGUGAGGAGAGCAGUGUCUGAACACCAGCUGCUCCAUGACAAGGGCCGCUCCCUCCAGGAGCUCCGGCGCAGAAUAUUCCUGCAGAACUUAAUAGAAGGGGUGAACACGGCGGAGAUCCGCGCGGCGCCCGAUGAGUCCCCGCGACCCGUUCUGAGCACCAAGAACUUCAACACCUUGCGCCUGGCGGGCGAGGAGGAAGGAGUGACGAGUCACCUGACCCAGGAGACACACAAGUCGGUGAGCUUUAAAGAGCCCCCACCCAAGAUCCCAGGAAAGAAGAAGAAAGGGAAACCAGGAAAACGAAAAGAGCAGGAGAAAAGGAAGAGGCGGGAGAGAUCUGCACUGGAAAGCCUUCAGGAUCCACCCGGAUCGGCCCUUUGGUGGGAAGAGCUAGAGAUCAGUGGAUAUACCAUGAAGAACGAUGAGGGAAACCAAGAAAGGGUUCAGAUUUCGGAGAGAACAUUAAAAGAAAUCUCUGAGAGGACACAUUGAGAAUUCAACUGGAGCUUUCUUUUCUAUUAAAAAAAAAAAAGAAGAAGAAUUUAAAAGAAAAACAAAAAAAAGGAAGAAGAGGCUGGGGGUGCACCAGAGAAUAUUCUGAACCCGCACAUAUGAGCUGUAUUUAUUAUCUGUAAAUAUUUGACGAGUCCCUCCCACGUGCGCUGUCCCCCCCCCUUCCCGCCGACUGUAAUACUGCACAGCCGCCCCCUCGCGGCCUUCCCCGUUCCCUUAUUUAUUGGUUGAAUUCUGUAUUUAUUGUGUUUGAUCCUUGUGCUGCUGGCGUCCUGUUUCAUAUUGCACUUUAUGUCCAGAACUCGCCAAGAUCUACAUUUUUUUUUUAUGUUAUUUGUUUCUAUUUUUAAAUUUUGAUAUUGAUAUUGAAUUAAACGUUAUUUUUUUUUCUCUUUUAUUUUUUUUUUGUGCAUGUAUAAAAUGUGGUCGACUGGUAGACUUUGUACAGAUUGCGUAAUAAAUCCAGUGUCCAAAGGAAAAAAAAAAA